CCUUGCAGCUCCCAGCCAUGUGGCUGUACCUGGCGGUCCUCGUGGGCCUGUACUACCUCCUGCGCUGGCACCGGGAGAGGCAGGUGGUGAGCCACCUGAGGGACAAGUAUGUCUUCAUCACGGGCUGUGACUCGGGCUUCGGGAACCUGCUGGCCAGGCAGCUGGACGUGCGGGGCUUGAGGGUCCUGGCUGCAUGUCUGACGGAGCAGGGGGCCCAGCAGCUGAGGAAGCAGACGUCAGACAGGCUGGAGACGGUGCUCCUGGACGUGACCAAGACAGAGAGCGUUGCUGCGGCCAAGGAGUGGGUGAAGGAGCGUGUGGGGGACAGAGGACUCUGGGGCCUGGUGAACAACGCUGGCAUUUGCACGCCCAUGGCUCCCAAUGAGUGGCUGACCAAACAGGACUUCAUGGUGAUGCUGGAUGUGAACCUGUUGGGGAUGGUGGACGUGACCCUGCAGCUGCUGCCCCUCGUGAGGAAGACCAGGGGCCGUGUGGUCAACGUCUCCAGUGUCAUGGGCCGGGUGUCCCUCUUUGGCGGCGGCUACUGCCUGUCCAAGUACGGCGUUGAGGCCUUCUCAGACUCCCUCAGGAGGGAGCUCUCCUACUUUGGGGUGAAGGUGGCUAUGAUCGAGCCUGGCUUCUUCAUGACCAAUAUGACCGCCGCUGAGGUGUUUAAUGGAAACCUCCAGGCAGCAUGGCAGCAGGCCAGCCCAGAGGUCAAGGAUCUCUAUGGAGACGCAUUCAUGGCUAACUCCAUGUGGCUGUACCUGGCAGUCCUCGUGGGCCUGUACUACCUCCUGCGCUGGCACCGGGAGAGGCAGGUGGUGAGCCACCUGAGGGACAAGUAUGUCUUCAUCACGGGCUGUGACUCGGGCUUCGGGAACCUGCUGGCCAGGCAGCUGGACGUGCGGGGCUUGAGGGUCCUGGCUGCAUGUCUGACGGAGCAGGGGGCCCAGCAGCUGAGGAAGCAGACGUCAGACAGGCUGGAGACGGUGCUCCUGGACGUGACCAAGACAGAGAGCGUUGCUGCGGCCAAGGAGUGGGUGAAGGAGCGUGUGGGAGACAGAGGACUCUGGGGCCUGGUGAACAACGCUGGCAUCUCCGUAAUCUCUGCUCCCAAUGAGUGGCUGACCAAACAGGACUUCAUGGUGAUGCUGGAUGUGAACCUGUUGGGGAUGGUGGACGUGACCCUGCAGCUGCUGCCCCUCGUGAGGAAGACCAGGGGCCGUGUGGUCAACGUCUCCAGUGUCAUGGGCCGGGUGUCCCUCUUUGGCGGCGGCUACUGCCUGUCCAAGUACGGCGUUGAGGCCUUCUCAGACUCCCUCAGGAGGGAGCUCUCCUACUUUGGGGUGAAGGUGGCUAUGAUUGAGCCCGGUUUCUUCAAGACCAAUGUAACCAAACCUGAGGCAAUUUCUCAGGGCUACAAGACAGCAUGGAAUCAGGCCAGCCCAGAGAUCAAGGAUCUCUAUGGGGACACAUACCUGGCCUUAUGUGAGAAAGCAGUUCGCUCGUUGGAGACAAGUUGCAGUCAGGAUCUCUCCUUGGUGACUGACUGCAUGGAGCACGCCCUGACCUCCUGCCACCCCCGCACCCGAUACUCACCUGGCUGGGACGCCAAGCUCUUCUACCUCCCCAUGAGCUACUUGCCCACCUUCCUCGUGGAUCUCAUGAUGUACUAUGGUGCCCCUAGGCCUGCUAAGGCCCUGUAACCCAAACUGGGGUGCAUGGUAGGGGGAGCUGGGUGUGUUAGGGAGGGGAGGCAUCCAUGGGAGGGAAAUAGAGUGGGGAGAGGGCUUCUCAUGUCACCAGGGACACCCAUCCCACCUCCUCCCCACAUCAUCCCCAGGCUUCUCUGGGGACAUGACUCAGGACUCUGCGGAUAUUAGGAUAAAGAAGCAAGUUUUGUGGUGAGGAGCUGGGACCAAUAGCUCACGUCUGUGUCUUGUUUCUUACCAGCCUCUCAGGGCCCUGGACCUUAGGCCUUCCUGCCACUCUGAACAAUCCACACUUUGGGGAGGGCGUGAGCAGCUGGGAGGACAUCAGCCUCUACCCUUUGUCCCAGUCUGCCUCUUCUGGGUGUGCCCUGGCCCUGGCCGUCUCUCCCUCCCGUGAGCUAGAAAUGGACAUGGACGUGAAGGCCCAUCUCCCCUGAAGGUUCCUGUGGGCAGGGGUGAGGGUGGAGAGUGGCCACCAGCCUGACACAGCAGCCUGGGUGCCAGCUCAGGAGACCUUGGCUGGAAGGUGGUGUUCUCAGUGGGGUUCCUGAGAGAGGACACAGAAACCAGGUUUUGUUUUGUCUUGAAACCACGUGUUUCCACGGAUUAAAUUUUCCUUAAAAUAAACAUUGACAGUUGACCCAGA